AUGAGUUCUUCCAUAGAAAAAGCAGAAGCCGGCGCUUCUCCAGAGUUGGAAUCGACUAGUACUCCUUAUCCAUCUUCCAGCUCUACCAUCACUUCUGAAAAGAAUUCCUCCCAUAUCAAGACUGUCUGCAUCUCAAAUUUGGAUUAUAGUACUAGUGAAGAAGAUAUCAUCGAACUCUUGAAAGAUUAUAAAGUUGUUUUGGUAAUCGUUCCAAGUCAAACCAUUAGAGGUUUGAGGGGUAAACAGUACCAUAAACCUUUAGGAAUUGCCUAUGCUGAGCUUGAAAAUCGUGAGCUCGCUACAAAAGCUGUCAAAGAAUUGAAUGGGAAAUCCUUGUCAGGUCGUCAACUAAGAAUUAGAAUGUAUACCCCAUAUGUUCCAAGAGCAAAGAGAUCACACCAUCACAACAAAAGCGAUUCUGCUUCAAAGGAACAAGAAAAAGUUUCUCUGACAGUUACAGAGAAAAAACUACAAGAACCUGUCCUGAUAGAAGUUCUGGAAACUCCAUUAGAGCCUGCCAAGGAACCAGAGGAGUCUUCUAAAACAAAAAAGGAAAAAGAAACCUCUAAAGAUACAAUUUUUGUGGGUAAGCUUCAUCCUAAUACCACUGACACCGAUUUGAGAACAUUUUUUGCGGAAUAUGAGCCUUUUGAAAUAUACCUUUUCAAAGGGAGGUACACUAAAAAAAACAUACAUUUUUCUCACUACUACGUUUCCGCGUUGAUCACUGUCCUUGCUGAAAAUGGUCAAGAACUUGCAAUUAAAAACUUGUCCAGCAAAAAGUUGAACGGUAGAUACGUGAAGUUGCGCCCAGCUUAUUUAUCAAAGAUAGAAGAAGUGAAACAAGCAGUGAUUGAAAAACAAGAGGAAAAUUAG